GUUUCGUCCUCAGGAGUCGGGGUCGUUCUCACGCAUUACUCCUGGACGAUCCGUCUUCGGCUCUUUGCCAGAAGCAACUGCGUCCUUUCCAAGAUAGACUCCAUCAUCUUAGUCAACACAGGGCAACUUGGCAGUGUCUUCUCUGUUUCUCUCUCUCUCUCUCUCUCCCUCUCUCGCUGCUAAUUUGAUGAAUUUUUUGGCUCGCUCGUCUUGUUGUCUGUCUACUAAUUUGGCAUGUAGCGAUUACAUAUUUUCGUUUUGUUUGUCUUUGAGAUUAAAAAGGUAGGAUGAAGUUUGAUUUUUUCUUUUGCUUUUCUCGUGGUGGUGAUGGGAAGUUUAGUCUGGCAUCAAGAUUUCCAGGUGGGCGAGAAGUGAAAGGCUUCAGUUAUAUAGAAGGUGCCGAUUUCUAUGCUAUCAAUUGUUGGUAGUGGAUUUCUGUUCCGUUGUACUAAAGAGCUGGUAGGUGAGAUUAUCUUUCGACUAGUGUCUAAUUAUAGAGGAGGGGGGAAGGAAUUCAUUUGGGUACUCAUUAGGUGAAGUGAAUUCUGUAAUCUGUGGCCUUCGAUUUUAUGGUUUCCAAUGAGGACAAGCAUACUUUUCAUGUUUUCUAGUCAUCGUGAUCGAAUACUGUAAUGGUAGCUUUUGCCAAUUUAAAUUAACUGGUUGUACUUUCGUAUGAGAGUUUGGUUUGAUCAUGUUUACUGUUUGUUGGAGGGCUUACUGAAAAAUUUGCGAUGUUAGGGCUGGAAAUUGUUCCCGUAGGUACCUUUUUGGCUUUAUUAGCUGAGCAAGUACUAAGGACUGCAUUAGCUGCCAAGGAUGUUGUUAUUGAGAAGGAAAGCUUCAAGGUUCUAUCAAAAUACUUGUGCGACAUUGAGCCUGUUUUGAAAGAAUUACAGUUGAGGGAGCUCAAGGACUCACAGGCUGUUAGGCAUGCACUUGAGAGUCUGAAGAGUGAUAUCAAUAAGGCGAAGGAGUUGGUAGACAAGUAUAAGAACCGGUCUCGAUUCUACUUACUCAUUAAGUGUAGGCACAUUGUUAAGGAAGUACAAGAUGUCACAAGGAACAUUGGUAGGUCUUUGGCUAGUUUAUCCCUUGCAAGCUCUGAGGUGUUGUCCGACAUGAGUGAGAGGGUCCAUCAAUUGCAUCAUGAGAUGCAGAAGGCAGAAUUUGAGGCCUCACUGUCACAGGUUAGGAUACUUGAGAAACUACAGCAGGGCCUCAAGGAGCAUAAGACUGACCAAGGCUUUGCAAAUGAUCUGUUAGAAGAGAUAGCAAGAGCAGUAGGUGUGCCGGUUGAGCCAUUGGAGAUAAACAAGGAAAUUGCUAGCUUUAAGCAUGAGAAAGAAGAAGCAGCAGCCCGCAAAGAAAGAGCAGAAGAGUGUUUCUUGGAGCAGGUUAUAGCUCUCCUUUCCAGGGCUGACGCAGUGAAUAAUCAGGAAGAAGUAGAAAUGCUGUACUUUAGAAGGGUUCAAACCAUUAAGAAGUUCACGACUGAAGAUGACCACAUACCCCCUUUUAGGUCAUUUAUCUGCCCCAUAGGUGGAAACGUGAUGAUUGACCCAGUAAGUCUUUGCACUGGUACCACAUGUGAAAGAGCAUGCAUCAAAGCCUGGAUUGAUGGUGGUCAGACAAGUGACCCUGAAACAGGUGAAGUCCUUGAUGAUGUUAGUUUACGGCCUAAUAUUCGCUUGAAAGAAUCAAUUGAAGAGUGGCAAGAACUGAAUUACUGUCUGAAGAUCAGGAAUGCCAAAUCCAGGCUGCUUUCUGGCACGGAAUCACGUAUCUUGGAUGCCUUAAACCAAAUACAGGAGCUAACUGAACAGAAUCCAAUCAACAAAGAUUGGAUUGCAACUGAAGGGUUGAUUAGUAUAGUUCUGUCAGUUGUAGGAAGUUCACAAAAAUCUGUAGAAGAAACAGGUCUGAUUACAUUAAUGGGGCUUGUUAAGGACCACCCGAGGAAUAAGGAGAGAUUUGUUGAUUCUGGAGGUAUUGAUCAAGUUGUGAAAUGCCUGGAUCAGAACCCCAGUAUAUCAAAGCCUGCAGUUGAAUUGUUGUUUGAGCUUCUGUAUGAUGGACCUAAAUUGAACAGACCAGUAUAUGACACCAUAAGCCAACAGAGCACUGCAAUUCAUUUACUUGUUACCCUUUUAAAAGGUUCUGUACGAGGAUCGGCUGAAAAGGCAGAAGCAAUUUUGUGGUGUAUUUGUGGUGAAGAUGAUAAUAUUGUUCGAGUUGCAGCAGCAAAUUGGUAUAAGCCACUUAGCAAUCGUCUUGAGCAAGGGCCAGAAUCAUCAAGAUUGUUGCUGGCUAAAGCCCUUCUGGAAAUGGAAUUGGUCAAUGAGAACUUAAAGGUUCUUGGUGAGGAAGGGGUAGUCCCUCCGCUGGUAGCCAUGAUAUCUGGAAAUCUUGAAUCAAAAGCUGUGUCUUUGGGAGUUCUAGCCAAGUUAUCCGCCUGCCAAGAGAACAAAAAGUACAUAGCAAGUGCAGGUGCUGUCCCUUACAUUCUUGAUUUAUUGUUUUCAGCCCACAUCUCUACCCUCAUUAGGGAAAGUUGUGCCGUGAUCCUUGAGCGGCUUGUGGCAAGCAGUUGCAUUCAAUUUCUUGUUGAUGCAUGUGCUGUUGCUUUAGACCUGCAACCUAUAGUCACCAACUUGCUAUGCCUUCAGCAAAAUCCAAUUUCAAACCAUGUGAUUAGGAGGCUGGCUUUAGGGGCAUUAGUUGGUAUAUGCAGAUCAAGGGAAGAACCUGUCAACAAAGCUUUCUCUGAUGCUAAUGGCAUUUCUAUUAUUCUGCCUCUCCUAGAAGACUCAAACUAUGAAAUCCAAGAAAUGGCCAUUAACUUGGUGUUCUGCUUCUGUGGUGAAGAAACAACAAAGUUAGCAGAUUAUCUGCUCUUUGGGGAUAGAUUGGUGAAUUUUUUAAGCUUACUCAAAGAUGACAGCAGGACAGAACUACAGGUAGCAGUACUAGGAAUUUUAUCAUCCCUUCGAAGUUCUGCACCAGCUGUAGCUCAUGCUUUGUUCAGAUUAGAUGCUUUACGCGAGAUCUUUAGACUCCUUUCUUCUCAAAACUCGGAAUUGAAGGAAAAUGCACUUGGGGUAAUCCUUCUGUUCACAAAUCAAUUGGAUUUGGAGAUGCAGAGAGCAGUGGUCCGAAUGGGUACUUAUCCCUUGCUUGUAAACUUCCUAAAAUCUGGAACUGAGACAGCCAAGGCAAGAGCAGCUGCAAUUAUGACCAACUUAUCCACAAGUACACCUAAACUUAGCAUAACACCAGUGAACACUGGAUUUUGGUGCCUUUGGCCAUUGUGGUUUUCUGUGUGUGAAGUUCAUGGGGGUGUUUGUGAUACAGCCACGACUUUUUGUCUGCUGAAGGCUAAUGCUCUGUCAGAACUAGUAAAUGUUUUGCAAGAUGGUGAUAAAGCUGCACUUGCUGCACUGCAGGCAUUGGCUACAUUGGUUGAUGGAACAAUGGUCUUUGAGGCAGUGAGAGUUCUGUCUGAUGCUGGUGCCAUCUACCCAAUCUUAGACCUUGUAGGGAGGGAGAAUGCAGCAAUCAAGGAGGCGGCCCUGAAUCUGUUGGAGAAGAUUUUUAUGGACAACCGAAUGGUGGAUGCAUAUGGUAUUCAGGCUAGAGUUCUUCUUGUUGAUCUGACUGGGAGACUCAAAAAUGCAUACGUUAGGCAAAAAGUAGAUGGAGUCAUCGCACAACUUAACUGCAAUAGUAAGCCAAUGCCUCUUCUUUGAAGGGAGUUUUGAGCUCCGAAAGGAGAGGACUUAGAUUAUUUUCUGACCCUGUGGAAUGUAAAUAAAUGGGAAUUAGGGUGUGUCCUUGAGCCUGAAAGUUGGAGAGAAGAGAUUAGUUGUAGAGGCCUACCACCUUUCCUUGUUGCGAAUAUUCAUUGUUUUUUUUUUUUUUUAAAAAAAAAAAAGCUGUCCAUAGCGCUGCUUCUUUCUGAUACGGGAGAGAUUUUACAACUUUAGAUUAAAUGCCGUAAAGUCUAAUGCUAUUGAAUGCUUGUAAGAUAUUGGUAUCAGCAUGUGUUAUUGAAGUCAUUAUUUUAUUUGCUUUGUUGCUAA